AUGAGCCGUAAGGAUCUCCUACGAUUUCUCUCGAAGCCCGCAAAAUCUCCUCGUCUGCUGGACCCGAUACUUUUGCAGGUAUCGGUAUCUUGCCAGUGCGGGGGUUCAUAUUUCGGAUUAGCCACAAUUCCCCAUCCUAGAGCUUUCUUCAUCCCUCUUUCCGCCAGACCCCCAUAA